AUGCGCAUCAGCGAAAUAGAUGAAGUGGUUGACCAAGUUGUCCGUCCGUGUCAGAAAGCCAUUAUGAAGGCCAUUACUUCGCUUUCUCUUGCGGCGCUGCUCCGGGCAUAUCAGCUCGAAAUGCCUAAAAGCAUUCAGCGGGAAAAUUGUGGCCGAGAACAAUACGAAGUCCAGGAGUACUUGUGCGAUUGCUCGCCUAUAUUGCGAGGACAUGAGAAUGAAAAUAUCACCCAAGUACCAGCAGUAGUCCAAAAUCAUCUACACUGGAGCCCAGCUAAUACACGCAGUUCAAGCUGGGAAGCUUCAAGAAGCAUGAAUAUAGUUCCGAUCGUCAGAGGUACCGGCCGAAAGUAUCCCGUCACGUCUUCAUGCUGCCAGUCAGAGGCAACGUCGUACCGAGAACUCUACACGCAGGUCAACUCAAACUCAACCUUGACAUAUCCUUUUUCCGAGAUCCUGGCCCCGUUCGUGUCUGCUUCUCGGUCUUAUUAUCGCCGGUGGCUGUUCGAUCUCAAUCGCAAGAAUGACGCACUGGGAACGUUUCAGUGCAGUAAGGAGACAGUUAGGGUCGAGAAUGAUUACUCAACUUCGAGAAAAGCAGUAAAAUGGUACAAGACUGGGCAAAAAUGCGAGGAGUUUGCGCUUUGGGCACGUAUGCACCCAUCUCACACGGUUUUCCUCUUUCUAGAAGGGAUUCGACUCUGCUUCGUUUACUAA